AUGUCCAAAUGUGAAAAACCAAACUAUGUGAAUGAUGACGUCCGGAGCUUACGGUCUGAAAAUCUCACGGGGGUAACCAGCUCCCGGGGAGGAGAACGGGAGAACAGAAGGUCUCGGCCCACUGUGCGUGUUCAGCGGCCUAGUUGUCUCGAGUUCUCCGAAGCUGCGGUCCCCCACCUUUCCCAGGCGAGACCGUCCCUAGGCACACUGUGCGGACGAGCCUCCCUCCUCCGGCCUCCAUUCCCGGGACGUCUUAGGAAGUCGAAGACAGCGGCGGCGCGUCUCCUCCUCAGGCCGCUCCCCUCAGACUGGACCGUGCCGGGAUCGUGCCGUGGUGCCGCCCCCGUCCGGCUCCGUCUCCGCCUCUCUCCGCUCCGCCUCCCUCUUUUCGUUUCUCCUCCUCCGCCACCGCCGGCGCUCGAGUUCCGACUGAUUCUUCCUCCUCCUCCCUCCUCUGCCUCCUCCCCUCAGACCAGCCGGCGGCUCCGUCGCAAACCAAAACACAAACACUCAAGUCCCAGCGCGGGAGCCACUUCCGCCGCCCGGCGCCGGCCUCUCCGCCACGUCGCUGCACGUAGCGAGCUACGCCUUUCGUCACUUCCGCCGUCGUCAGGCCGCCCUCUCCAUCCGCUCCCCCGCCCCUUCUCAAAGCCCGGUCGGCCGGGGCUGGCCUGCGGGGCCGGGUGGGGCGUGCCACGUGACCUCGGCGAGCAGCCGCGUCGGAUCCAGCUACCUCCCACCUCCCACGUCCCAGGCUGGCUCCAGUGCCUGAGUUUACGCAGGAUUGUAGUAAAAGACAACUUGAGGGGCGCCUGGGUGGCUUAGUCGGUUAAGCGUCCGACUU